ACGCACGGGCACUGGUUGUGCGGCUCCGUUCCCCUCUCCCUCUACCUCGGGCUCGCCGGAGAUGGGGGACGCCGGCGCUUCCACCUUCGAUCCGCUCCUCCGGCGCGGCGCAAACACUUCCGGACCCUGCGAUGGAAAGGAGGAUGCAAUGUCGGGACAAAUGCUUAAGCGAGGGGUAAAGGCGAUGCCCACAGAAGACCACAUAAGAGGGAAUCCAAAGAAGCAGCUAAAUUUAACCGAAGUGUUGGCUGAGGCAGCGAAGUGUGCACAAGCUCUCAAGACCGAUGAAAUGAUUACUGACACUAGAGUUAAGGAAGCUUUUGCAGAGCUGAUCAAUAAAGUGUACCCGCGUCUACCUGAGAGCCUACAAGAUCAACUAACUGCUGAUUUCAAACUCAAUAUCCUCCGUCGGGUGUCGUGGUUCUAAGUCUGACAGUAGAAAGGGGAGUAGGUAUGGAGAGGCAAGAUCCUAGCUAUGGAGUAAUUGUAUACGCAAGAGUUUUACGAGU